AUGGGCAAUUCGAGCAGCUCGCGGAAGAUAUCCGCCCAAGACAAGGCGAUCCUAGACAUGAAGAACCAGCGCGAUAAGCUGCACCAGUACCAAAAACGCAUCACAGUCCUCACAGACCGUGAGAAGGAGAUCGCAAAAGAGUGCUUGAGCAAAGGGGACACAAAUCGGGCGAAGCUUGCACUGCGACGCAAGAAGUACCAGGAAUCGCUGCUUGCGAAGACGGAUGCGCAACUAGCGCAGCUGGAGCAGUUGACGAGUGAUGUCGAGUUCGCGCUGAUCCAGAAGGAUGUACUUUACGGACUGCAACAAGGCACCGCGGUGCUGAAAGAAAUUCAUAAGGAGAUGGGUGGCAUCGAGAGCGUGGAGAAGCUGCUUGGGGAGAGCGAAGAGGCACGGGCAUAUCAAGAGGAGAUCAGCGAGCUUCUUGCGAAUAAGAUGUCAAAUCAAGACGAAGACGAAGUGGAAGACGAGCUGGAAGCACUCGAGCGCGAGGUCAAUGGCAUCGCAGACGGUGUCUCAACAUUGCCCGACGCUCCUGAAAGCGAGCUCCAACAGACUCCUAAGCAAAAAGCGAAGGCACAGCGAGAGCGAAGAGCACGAGAGCGGGAACGGCAAGCAGCGGAGGAGAGUCCGCAGCCCAUGCUGGCAUAG